UUGAUGGAAAACUACACUUAUAACAGCCCCACGCUCCACCUGGAGUCUUUGCAUCUUUCCAAAGAGUCUGUCUACCCUGUCUUUCUCUCGUUUUUGUUCACAUACUUGUUUAUAAUUGUUGCAAAUGUAAGCAUUGCUGUUCUGAUCUUCAUUGACAAGAGCCUCCACCAGCCCAUGUAUCUCCUUUUUUGCAACCUGCCGUUAAAUGACAUCCUUGGAAAUUCUAUCUUGAUGCCCCGUUUGCUUAUGGACAUGUUGAAGCCUCCCUCUGAGCUCUUUAUUAGUUAUUAUGAAUGUGUGGUCCAAGCUUUCACCACACACAUGUUUGGUACCACUAGUCACACUGUGCUCAUGAUUAUGGCUUUUGACAGAUAUGUGGCCAUCUGUAGUCCAUUACGAUAUAAUAUGAUAAUGACCAACAAAAUGGUGAUCAAGUUGAUCGUGUCUGCCUGGGGAGUGGCCUUCGUUUUGGUCGCGAUUCUACUCGGUCUGACCAUACGACUGAACAGAUGUAGGACUCUGAUCACAAAUUUUUCCUGUGACAAUGCCUCACUGUUUAAACUCUCCUGUGAGAGUGUGUUUAUUAAUAAUGUCUAUGGCCUCACUUUCACUGUAGUCCUGUUCACAGGUUCCAUAGGCACCAUGGUUAUCACUUAUACUAAGAUUACAGUAGUCUGUCUCACCAGUAAAAGCAAGUCUUUGAACAGUAAAGCCUUGAAGACCUGCAGCACUCACCUGGUCGUGUAUCUGAUCAUGGUGUUAAGUGGAAUGUCAAGCAUAGCUCUACAUCGUUUCCCUCACUUCUCAUACUACAGAAAACUCACCAGCAUUUUGUUUCAUAUUGUCCCUGGCAGCCUCAACCCCAUCAUUUAUGGAGUGCAGUCCAAAGAGAUACAACAUUUUUUCCUCAAGUUAUUUGACUCAAAGAAGGUUUUGCCAUCAUUGUAA